AUACCACAGGCCGAGAAGCAGCUGGCGUUCAACGAAAUGGCCAGACUGUUCAAAAGAGGAGGCAGACUGGCAAUCAGCGACAACCUCUUAAAGAAGGAUCUCACCCCGGCUCUUAGGCAAGACAUAUCACUUUAUGUUAGAUGUGUCACUGGAGUAAGCAAAGGUGAGGACUAUAAACACUACCUUCACAUUGCUGGGUUCAAAGGUGCGCGAUUACCGUCCACG